CAAUCGCCAAAGAAAAAAAAAUACUAAAAAAAGAAAUGAAGAAGGCACUCUCACUUGUGAUUUUCAUCAUCUUCUCUAUCAUACUUGCUUCCGUUGAAAAUAAGGUGAAGGCAGAUAUAUGCCAUGAAGGUCUAGGUAAUUGUAACCAAUGUGAUGAGAGAUGCAAGGCCAAACACGGGCCAACAGCUCAAGGCGAUUGCAAUAAUAUUUAUCAAAUAUGCACUUGCAACUACGAUUGCGGACCGCCACCACCAGCUCCACCACGCAGACAAUGCUCUGGCGGAACUGGCCUUUGCGAUACUAAAUGUGGGAAUCCUUGUUGCAAUCUAAGCUGUGCACGAAAGUAUCCUGGUGGAUCUGGAUUUUGUGACAACAGCCUUGGCCAUACUCUUUUGUGCCAAUGCCAAUAUCCUUGCUAAUUUUUUUUUAUA